AUCACAAUUACUUUUUUAAUUUGAAAAGCGGAAGCGGAAGUUGGCUCCUGCGGGUGCGACGGUCAACUUGACGCGGUGCCUUUAAAGGGAAUACCCUCUGUGCCGCGGAGGGAGUCUCCUUUAAAAAAAAAAAAUCUUGAUGGUGGAUGGAAUGCGGCUGCCGGAGCCGGGCACCUCGCCUCCCAUCCCCGCUCGUAUGACCACCACCACCGGCACCGGUAGGCCUGCUCCUCCGUCUUGUCCCUCGCCGUGUUUGUCCCGCUUACUUCGGACGCGUGCUCGCCCCGCGCGAUGUUGUUGCCCGACCGCGCUUCGCGGGGACACAGCCCGCGGGAGCGCGGUCGGCGCCUGCCAGAGCCGCGCCACCGUGACUUUCACGGGUAACCUCUCGUGCGGGAAAACAGGUCCCGCGGAGUUAAAAUUAGACCCGCUCCGCUUGUUGUGGACAUGGUCCCGAUGAUAACGGACGGCUGUUCGCACCGCACGUUGCAGGACGCCCGGAUCGCGGAGCAGCGGGGACCGGCUGAACACGGACCACCGGCUGACAGCGUCGCAACGCGGCGUGCGAGCGUCCGACCGUCAUGUCGGGACAGACGUUGAUGUUGAACUACAGUAUAGCUCUUUUACAGAAAGGACCACGCGCAUAGCUUUUUGAAGAGAGGGAUCACUCAGAACGUACCAAAGAUGACGGCUCCAUCAAACCUGACCCCUGCGGCGCCACAGGAACCGCGCUUUUUGGUGUUGUUCGACUUUGACGAGACCAUCGUCAAUGAGAACAGCGACGAUGCUGUACUGUGUGCUCUGCCGGGCCAGCAGCUCCCUGAUCGUCUGAAGAGCAGCUUCAGGGAGGGGCAUUACAAUGAGCACAUGCAGAGGAUCUUGGCCUUCAUGGCGGAGCAGGGUGUGCCUCAGGACUCCAUCCAUUCGGUGUUAGAGAGGAUCCCACCAACGCCAGGCCUCCUCAACCUCCUCCAGUAUCUGCAGAGCCACCGGGAGGACUUUGAGUUAGUGGUGGUCUCCGACGCCAACAUGUACUUCAUCGAGACGUGGCUGGAGCGCGCCGGGGUGCGCCAACUUUUCCGGAAGAUUUUCACCAACCCGGCCAGUUUUGAUGCGUCUGGCCGGCUUGUGCUGCUGCCUUUCCACUCCCACUCGUGCUCCCGCUGUCCUGACAACAUGUGCAAGCAGGUGAUCCUUCGGGAGUAUCUGGCGGGCCGGCAGAAGGAGCUUGGCGGUGCACCCUUCCAGAGGGUAUUCUACAUCGGCGAUGGGGCCAAUGAUAUCUGUCCCUCUCUGGCUCUGGGGCCCCGCGACACAGCCUUCCCCAGGAGGGACUUCCCCAUGCACAGGCUGCUGCUGGGGAUGCAGCAGUCCCAGGCCGCCAAGUUCAAAGCAAACGUAGUUCCUUGGGCCAGUGGUGAGGACAUCGUCGACUGCCUGAAGAAAAUAAUGAAGGAGAGAUGAGAUGAGUGUGUCUGUGAUUGCGCGGAAGAGGGGUGGCAAAUAUAGCAAAGGUGCACAGACUCUAGUCCAAGGUGAGCAGCAGGAUAUGCAUGAUUUUACCUCAGCCACACUUGGUACAACUUAAAACAAAGUAGCUGAACAGUGUGCAUCUAUUUUAAUCUAUUGUUUUAAAGGAAUAGUUUGACAUUUUGGGAAAUAAGCUUGUUCCCUUCCUUGCUGGGAGAUAGAUGAGAAGAUCAAAGUCACUCCCAGUCUAAAUUUGUAACUGGUGCCAGCAGCUUGUUAGGUUAGCACAAAGACACAAGCUCACUCAAGCUGUUAGACCUCUCAGACAUGCUCUGAAAACUGCAGAAAUGACCAGAGCAUUUUAGAAUCUGAUGGACGUUUUCUGGAGUUCAUGUCUGAGGACAGCUUAAUUAACGCACCGUAUCUCAACCAGACUCCAGGUUACUCCCUCUGGUCAACCCCCGGAAACUGCUGGUCUUUGUUUACCUUUGGUCAGAGGCAGGCUAGCUGUUUCUUCCUGUUUCCGGUCUUUGUGCUAAGCUAACCAGUUGCAUAAAAGACAACGUGGCAUCCUCAUGUGACUUGAGCAUAUUUCCAAAAUGUCUUGGUGUUCGUAAAGAGGAUUUUAAUUAAUCGGUAUUAACUGUUUGGUAGUAGUAGGUGCAAUAUGCAGUAACAAGAGUCCCAUUGUAAUACAAAUAAAUCAGUGUUUAACUUUGAGAUCAAUCCAGUCUGGACAAGACGCUGAUCAAAAUUGCGUCUUGUUUGCUCUGGAGUAAAUCAAAUCCUUCGAUAUGAAUGUAAUUCACUUUACAUUGUAACAUCUCACUGUGUCGGACGUUUUUGAGCGAUGUUAGUUGUGGUAUCCUCGGUCACAUGCGCUUGUGAGAGAGUAGAGAUUUCAGUGACAUAAGAACAGCCACUUGAAAACCGCUCCAUCGUUGGAGGCUCUCGGUGUCGACAGGCUUCUUUUCAAAACCCUCGACACUUCAUCUGAGGCCUCGUCGACGACGGACACAUUAGUGGGAUCAGGUGUUGUGACACUAUCGGGGACAAAAGACCACGCAUGUUGCGUCAGGCAGGGACAAGGAUGGUGCAGAGCAGGGAUAAGGUGACAGAGACUCAGGCACACUACCUGUACCUGUCCCAAGACAGUGCUGAUACCUAAUCUGGGACUUGAUUAUACAGCAGUAAUCUACACCAGCAUGAGAUCCAAAGGGAACGCUGUGGCCAUACUGUCUGUCUGCACUUUGCCCCCACUAUUGUACCAUCUGACUCUGACACACUGAAAUAAAGUGUAAUGCAAAGUACAUAUUGAUUAUAUUUUUAAAAAAGAGUUGUAAGUCAUUAGCUAGCACACACUGUACUUGUAUCUAUUAAAGCAGUGAUAAACAGUAUUGCUAAAAUGUUGUUGGGGCAGAUUUAUAUUCUCUAAAAAGUAUGUUGGAAUAUACUCCCGGUUAAAGUGUUGUGAGAGAAUGGUGUUGGCAUCAGCAGCUUUGCAUAAUUAAUUCAACAUAUAACCUCACUUUGCCUCACUGAAUCCAUGACAGGGACUGGGAAAUGUAUUUUAAGAUAUAAAAAAGGGCACUUGUAUUCACUGGGGCUGUUUUUAGCAUUUUAUUUUUCUGUUCAAAUUCAGGGAUUAUUGGUGGAAUAAUAUGUUGCAGGGCCCUGUUUUCAUUUUUCCAUGUCAUAUAAAAAUAAGCGGGAUGAAUUACCUACAGUAAUUGGGGCAUGUCUAUGUACAUCUGUCUAUUUCAAGUGGUUUUCCCUGUUAAUUAACACACAAGUAAGCACUGAUAUGGAUCCUGUCAAGUGACUUCAGGCCAGAGGUAGAAGAAAUAAGAGUGUAUAUUCAUAUUAAUUUUGUAUUUUAAAAAUUUCUAAUACAAAUCAGUGUACAUCUUUGUCAAGCCAUUACUAUUAACAAUAAGAAACAUCCAGGCUUGGAAUAACAACAUGAUGCUGCAUAAAUUUCCUUUAACCAGUGUUCUAAUUUCUCAGGGAGUAUCAGAGAAAGUGUUAGCAAGCAAACAGAAUAAGUAAUAAAUAAGAGUAAUAAUGUAUAUUUAUGGAAGUGUGUUAAUUUGCACUCUUAGAUUCAACUCAGAUGCUCUAAGAACAAAGUGUGUAUUCAUUUGUGAUUAAAAAUCAAUGCAGCUGCAGGAGUCUGACCCUGAAAUUCUUUGAGAUCCAAACCUACUGUAAUCCACUCAUGCGUUGUGGUUAGGAAAAGUCCUGUGAACUUUCCUCCCUCCGAUGCUGGGAACACUGAAAAUGUAACACAGGUACUUUAGUUUACUUGAAUAAUCUGUGUACUGGUAAAACUUCCAUGGACUUUUGUGCAAUAAUUAAAAUGCUGUAUACGUGAUAUGAUGUGAGAGACACUUAACAUUUGACAUUUUCAGGGAUGUGAGAGGACCCCACAUCACAUCACUGUAGUGUUUUAAAAUAACUUUACAACAACCAAAUGCAAUUGAGACCAUGUGUUGUUACAGUAGGACUCUGGUUAAAAUGCUACAUUUUGCUUUGCUUUUUAUGAUUUGCUGUAACUUGAGUUUUGUAUUUGUAAUCAAAACUUCAAUUACGUGUCUAAUGCAUCAUUGUAACAGGAAUAUAAAGCCAUUAUCUGAUUAA